AUGGAAUAUAGAUUUUAUCAAAUCACAGGUACCAGUGGAGUGAAUGAUGAUCAUGUGUUCAUCAGUUCUGGUGAAAAUGUCCGUCUGCCCUGUAAUAAUCAUCUUCAUGACUGCAAAUCAACUACAUGGAUCUAUAACAGUCAUUCAGCAGCGGUUGAACUGAUUGCCUAUGGGGAAAAGAACAAAAACACAGAGAGACAUGAGAGACUGAGUCUGGGGUCUGACUGCUCUCUGAACAUCAAGAAUGUCAUAAAAGAAGAUUAUGGAUUUUACACCUGCCGACAAUAUGUGAAUGACAAACAACAAGGAACUGAUGCACUUGUUUAUCUGCAUGUUCUUCAUGUCUCUUCAUCAUCCUCACAGACUGAGAUCAGUGCAGGCAGCUCUGUGACUCUCUACUGUCAGUUGUAUUCAUAUUCAUAUUCAUAUACUGGAGUCUCUUGUGAUGAUUGGAUCCGUUCUGAGGGAAUUCAGCUGUUCUGGGUGAAUCAGGCUGGUGUUAAACUGACAAUAUCAGACUCCAGAUAUCAGAUAUCAGCUCUAGGACACUGUAACAUCACUCUGACUACAACACUCCUGAAUGAAGAUGACAACAGAGAGUGGAGAUGUGAAGUUACUCACAGAAAUCAAGUCAAGACCUCAGUCACAUAUACUGUCAAGAGUUCAGCUCAAGAUAAAACAACGACAGCAGUGAUUCCAGUCCACAUCACAAACUCUCAGGAUCAUGAAACUACAAACACACACAAAACUAAAGGAUCAACUGAAGUCAGUUGGACUGAUGGAUCAUUAUUCAGAGAGAUUUUGAUUAUUCUUGAGACUGCAGCAUUUGCUGCUCCUACUGUGAUUCUUCUUCAGAUCAUCUGUGCAAGAAGAGCUGGGUUAGGAGUUGGCUAG